UACUGGACUGUGCCGCCUUCCUUUUACCACAGGUGGAGAUGAACCUUGGAAAUAGGGGACGUUCGGGUCUUGGCAGUCUUUCAGACGUAAAAUGCCAUCAUUCCAGAAGAAGUCUAACUUUAUUGAGGUUCAGGGUCUCGCCAAGCAUUGACCAACCGCUCUCCAAUCCGUGACUUCCGAUUAGGUGACCCCACGUCUCCGGCUUCACUGGCAGUCCGUCAGCCUCCAAGAUUCACAUCGAAAUAACGAAGAAUACCUCAACACCUGUAACAAGAAGCAAUCGCAACACAGUACUAGAUAUGGAGUACGUCAACCAGCGCAUGGCUCAAGAAGCCCACCGAAACCCCGAUGAUGUCUACACCGGCCUCAUCACGCCCCUCAACCUGAUCCUGGUGGCCAUAACCCUUUACACAACGUAUCUCCUCUCUAAACCGUCUCCUCCCGCGACACUGCCCCGCGAGCCGCCCGCCACCGUCUUCAAGACCUUCACACCGCGCGAACUGCUCCCCUACAACGGCCUUAACGGUAUGCCCGUCUACCUGGCUGUGCGGGGGCGCAUUUUCGACGUCACCAACGGGCGCAACUUCUACGGUCCCGGCGGGCCGUACGAGAACUUCGCCGGCCGCGAUGCGAGCAGGGGGUUGGCGUGCCAUAGCUUUGACGAGGAGAUGUUGACUAAGGACUUGGACGGCCCCCUUGAUAAGCUGGAUGGUUUGGGCGAGGAGGAGUUUGAAAGUCUUAGGGGGUGGGAGGAGAGGUUUGAUAGCAAGUAUCUGGUCGUCGGCCGGCUGGUUGCUGCUGGGGAGAAGUGAAUGAUGUCAUUGGAUUACUGGUUUGUGCGGUCGGUGCCCAAUUUCUGUGUUGGGAUCCGGGGAUCAAAUCGUUUCAUGAGGAAAUUCGAAACACAUUGAAGGAAAUCGAGGAGGCGCUUUCUCCAUUGAUUCACCUGGAAAAUUGCGGCAUAUGGAUCGUUGUCAAACCGGAGAUACGUCGCUGGAAUUCAGCUCCAUUGUGAUCCCUUGUUUGAGCCUUUCACUCCUUUACGACUCAAUGACGGUGGAUCGACUCUUCCGGCCCACAGGCAUCUGCAGUAUAU